UCCUUCCGGUGCGCUGCCGCUGCGCCCCGGGAUGUGACCCACGUGGGUUGGUGGAAAUGUUUUGAUGCGUUUCGGUCGGUAAACUCGUGCGUUGUCCGCCUGGUUCCGCUGCUCUUUGGUCGACAUGGAUCUCGCCUCCAGAGAUUCCUACUUUCAGAAGUUCGCGAGUAAAGUUUUAUCUCAACCGGAACGGGAGCCGAAGAAGAGACCGUUUGCUCACUUCAAGGGUAAAUCUGAUAUCGGUCCCCCUUCGAAGAAGAAAAAGUGCAAGAAGAAACACUCCAAAGAAAAGGGCUCUGAUGUGAAGUCCCGACCCCGGCCGCCCCCCUCCGCCGCGGCACAGAACCGUCCGGCCACAGCAAAAGUGAAUGGGUCCAGAGCGCCGAGCACAAAUGGAUCCACAGCUCCGGCACCCAAAGAGUCCACCUUCUCCACGCUAGAUAUACUACGCAGGAGACUUCACGAGAAGAUCGAAGAGUCCAGAGGACAGGGGGCUCCAAAGGACGCCUUAUCAGAGGAGGUCCAGGCAAAGCGGGGAAAGCGGAAGCUGGAGCGCGAGCGCAGGAAGAAGAAGAAGAAAGAAAUUCAGCUGAAGAAAUUGGCUGAAGAAAGUGCCCGAGAGCAGCAGGCGGAGGUAAAGCAGGAAGCCAAGCCCGCCCCGGCCGCGAGCAAAAGGAACGAAACCGCCAUCGUCUUCAACAAGGUGGACACCGUGGAAGAGGUCUACAUAGACAAAAUGCAGAAGAAGAAGAUGAAGAAGCAGUGCGUCAAGGGCCAGUUGACGCCGCUGACGGGGAAGAACUACAAGCAGCUGCUCGGCCGCGUCGAGGCCCGCAAAGCCAAGCUGGAGCAGCUGCGGGAGAAGGACGAGGGGAAGGCCCACGAGCUGGAGGAGAAGAUGAAGUGGACCAACGUGCUCUACAAGGCCGAGGGCCUCAAGAUCAAGGACGACGAGGUCAUGCUGCGCUCCUCGCUGAGGAAGAAGGAGAAGUGCCGCGAGCAGAGGAAGACGCAGUGGAACACGCGCAGCGAGAGCGUCGUGGACAAGAUGCAGCAUCGCCAGGACAAGAGGCGCAAGAACAUCCUGAAGCAGAAGCACGCCAAGACGGAGAAGAAGAAGAACCGGGCGAGGAAGAAAGGCAGGGUGCUGCCCGAGGACUUGAAAAAAGCUUUGGCGUGAAAGAGGACUGCGUUUUACCAAACCGCUCAACCGCCGACAACGUUUUAAUGUUUGGAGUAAAUAGUCUCUUUUUACGGCAGAACCUUUUGUUUUCUGGACACUAAAGCGCGGCUGCAUGUAUUGCACCUUCAUUCCUUCAGAGGAGUAAUAUGCGUGUAGUGGUCAAUAAAAUGUGGUAUGGUAAAUAUG